AUGCUACCCCGGCUUGCGGGACUCGCAGCGCUCGCCGCAACAGCUUCUCUCUUCACAACAGCCGCCGCCCAAACAGCCUGCAACGGCUACUCCGAAUACUGCUCGCGCAAAUACUCGGAGGUCUCGAUUAUAGGCGCGCACAACAGCUAUGCCGUACAGCAUGGUAGCCUCGCGGCGAACCAGAAUUAUACGGUUGAGACGCAGCUCGACAAUGGAAUUCGGAUGCUGCAGGUGCAGGGACAUAUGAACAACAACCAGCUGCAUCUCUGCCAUACCUACUGCUUCCUCCUCGAUGGCGGCACGUUCACGUCGUACCUGACUACAGUCAAGAACUGGCUCGACAAGAACCCAAACGAAGUCGUCACGCUCCUGCUCGUCAACACCGAAGGCGUCGCUCCCUCCGUCUGGGCGCAAUCGUACACCGACUCGGGCCUCGCUUCCUACGCCUACACGCCUACGAAUGUCCCUAUUGCCUACAGCGACUGGCCGACGUAUCAGGAGCUCAUCGGCAGCGGGAAGAGGGUCGUCAGCUUCUUGGCGCAGAAUGCGGACAUCUCGAGCGUCCCGUACCUCCUCGACGAGUUUACCAACAUCUGGGAGACGCCGUACGACCAAACCAACAACGCUUUCCCUUGCACGGUCGACCGGGUGACGGGCUCUGCGCAGAACAAGAUGUACCUCGUCAACCACUACCUCGAUGUCAACAUGUCGAUCGCAGGCUCGACCUUCCCCGUCCCCGCGACCGGCGCGCUCGGCCAGACGAACGCCGUGAGCGGUACGGGCUCGCUCGGCGUGCAGGCGAGCGCGUGUGCGGCACAGCAGGGGUAUAACCCGACUUUUACGCUCGUCGACUAUUACGACGUCGGGAACGGGAGCGUUUUCGAGUACGCCGCCCAGCUCAACAAGGUCACCUACAAGCCCGUCACCAUCGGCAACGGCACGACUUCCUCCUCCUCCUCGUCCGGCUCUUCGCCCUCGUCGUCUGGCAACUCUGGCUCGGUCACCGACAACGGCACGAGCGGCGCGUCGUCGUUGCAGCUGUCGUGGCAGGCGUUUGCGGCGCUGGGAGGAGCGCUGGCGGGUGCAGCGGCGGUCGUUGCGCUGUGA